AUGUUGCCAAUGAAACGCCCUCUCGAGCCCGUUUCGGAAGACGACGACAGCGACAUCGAGGUCGAGGUGCAGCGCGGCGGCUGCGACAGCGAAGUGCUCAAGCACGCGUCGUGGCCCGGCGCUGAGAAGCGCGCCCCGGAAGGCGCCGUCGUCGAGCAGCUCGAGCCCGUCGAGGGCCACCAGCUCGCGCUCUCCGAGUGCCACCGCGCGUGCGCGGUGGCACAGCUGCCCAUGAUCGCGGGCAAGAUAGGAAAAACGCUCGUGGCGGGCGUCGGCAAGGCGAGCAUCAGCCGGGUGCUGGGCGUCGGGCUCUACGCGGCGCUCGGGCCGCGGCGCGGCGCGAAGCAGCAGCGCGGCCCGCCGAUCGUCAGCGAGGACGAGGACCAGUUCCCCCUCGUACCCGACGACCUCGUCGUCUUCGCGGCGACGAUGCGCGUCGGGAUGGCCAUCACGUUCAACGCGCCCGGCGACAAGGCGCGGUGUCCGAGCUGCGUCAUGGGCAAGGACCGCGAGUGGGUCUGCGUCGGGCACUACCACGCGGCCAAGGCCAAGGUCCUCAAGAGCAUCGCCAACGCCGAGGACUUCGACACCAUCAUGCGGCGGUUCCCCGUCAAGCGGGACCGCAUCGCGCUUCUCAAGCGGGCGGCCGAGGCCAUCUUCGCGGCCUCGCCGCAGCGCACGUGCGCCGCCGUGAUCUCCAGCGGCGUCGCAUUUCGCGCGCCCAUCCUGCUCGCCGGCACGGGCUGCGUGCUCGAGGCCGUCGACGACUCGACGCGCGCGCCCGUCUCCGCGGACGCGACGCCCGACGCGGCGGCGAGCUCCGCGCGCGAGUCCGUCGCCGACGGGCCGCCGCCGCCCGCCGCCGAGCCCUACACCCAGGGCAUCGAGCCGCACGCGUGGCUCCUCUACGGCCUCCCCGCGCUCCCGCACCCGCCGCCCGGGUUCCGGUGGGCGCCCCCCCCGGGCGGCGGCUUCUCCGCGCCCGCGUGGCUGACGUCGCCGCCGCCGGGCCCGGGCGGCGGCUUCAUCCCCUACGACGCGGCGGCGCUGGGCCUCGCGACGACGGCGACGACGGCGACGGCGACGACGACCGCGGCGACGAGCGACGCCCCGCCGCCGCCGCCGCCGCCGCCGGUCGAGGUCGCGGUCCUCUACGUCCCGCCUCGCGGCCCCGUGCCGGGGCCGUACUGGUCGCCCUGGUUCGACGACGGCUGCGAGGACGGGCUCCAGUCCGUCGGCGGCGGCGCGGGCUGCUGCUGCGUCGCGCGGACGUCGCACUGCGCCUCGCGGUUUACGGCCAACGGCAUCUGGGCCGACUGGCGCGGGAUCUACUUCGCGCCGGGCGGCCUGAUCGCGCGCUACUUCCGCCAGGCGCGCGUCUACGAGCUCGGCGCGGUCGCCGGCCGCACGACGGUCGAGAUCUUCGCGCGUUUGACCUACGCGCGGAUCCGCGACCUCGAGGGCGACUGCGACCAGCUCCUCGACCCGACGCUCGCGACGGUCCCCGUCGUCAAGUCCAUCAAGGAGCUCGACGACGGCGAGGUCAUCAUCCACUUCUUCUCCUCCUCCGUCGGCGCCGCGGACCGCGCGCUCUUCGGCGAGAAGAUCCACCUCAGCCACGCCCUCAAGGCCGCGACCUUCGCCCGCAAGCGCUACGACCCCCACUACACCGGCGUCACCAUCCUCUACAUCCGCAGCGACGACGCCAGCGGCGCGCGCAAGGCCGAGCGGCUCCUCCGCGACUGCGUCGACCCGCGGCCGCUCUACGGCGACGUCCCCCGGACGGGCCACGCGCUCGCGGACGCCGUCGCGGCGGGCGAGGAAACGCCGCGCGAGACGGCCAGCAUCGCGCUGCGCGACGCCAUCCGCAAGGCCGCGCCCUACGGCUCCGUCCUCCGCGACGCCCUCUUGCGCUGCAAGAUGCUCGAGGACGAGGUCCUCGUCGACCAGCCCCGGUCGCUCUGCGACGACGGCGGGCUGCUCACGCAGGAGGGCGCGGACGAGGGCCCCGAGACUCCGAAGCACCAGAAGGCCGCAGCCAUGGCGGGCGGCAAGGUCAAGUUCGAGGAGCCCGAGCCCGAGGAGGGCGGCACGUCGACGCCGCCGGACCAGCUGGGCCAGAUCCCCGGCGACGGCAUCGUGCUCCGCGCGUCGCCGCGGCGCGGCGUCGGCCGGUCGCCGCGGCGGCCGCUCGAGGCCAUCGACGAGGAGGGCUCCGGCGUUUCGCGGCUCGGCGACGGGUCGGGCCGCGCGGCGACGCAGGGGUCCUGCAUCUCGCCGCCGCCGCGGCGCCGCGGCGGGCCGAGCUUCAACUCGCCCUUCGCCGGCCUCGCGGCGGCCGUGAGCUUCUCCGGCGGUCCGAUGACGCCCGGCGGCCUCGACUGGGGCCAGUUCGGCCGGGGCACGCCGACGCGCGGCGCCCGGGGCGCCGCGGCCGCGACGGCGGCGACGCGGGGCCACCGGUCGCCGCCCGGCCAGCAGCCGAUGCCGCGCGUGUCGCACCUGCCCGAGGUCAUGACGCCGACGGCGCUCGACGGCGGCGCCGCGCUGUCGCCCCAGCGGCUCCUCGACUUCUGCCUGAGCCCGCUCAACGCGCGGUCGCCCGAGGCCCGCGGCAUCUCCCACGGCGCCGAGGGCGAGAUGGCGGACCUCCUGCCCGGCGGCCUUGGCGACGGCGGCGACGUCGCCGCGGCCGCGCGGACGAUGCGCGAGAUCGGCUCGCCGCGCCGCGACGGGUCCGCGAGCCCGGGCUCCGACGCCGGCGGCGCGCGCUACGAGGCGCGCGGCUACCGCAAGCCGCCGCGGCGGCCGACCGCCGCGGAGCGGCGGCGCCAGUCGCUCGACCGCGCGCGCGACGCGGCGCUCGCGCCGCCGACGCCGUCGGCCAUGGCGCCGCCGCCCGCGUCGACGCCCCUCUGCGGCCCGCCGCCGCCGCCGGGCUCCGCGGACUCGCGCGGCCGCGCGGCCGGCGCGACGCUCGUCAGCGCGUCGGCGCGGAAGCGCAAGGGCCGCGACGGCUCCGGCGGCGGCUUCAAGCCCUGCAACUGCAAGAAGUCCAAGUGCCUCAAGCUCUACUGCGAGUGCUACGCCGCGGGCGUCUUCUGCCGCGACUGCAACUGCUCGAACUGCCUCAACAAGCCCGAGGACGGCGAGGCGCACCCGCCGUACCCGGCGACGCACGCGCUCGGCCGGCUCCGCCACGGCGACGUCGCCGUGCCCACGGCCGUGCUCACGUCGGCCCAGAAGCGCAAGCCCCAGUCGAAGCAGCGCCAGGAGUCGGGCUGCUUCUGCAAGAAGUCCAAGUGCCUCAAGAAGUACUGCGAGUGCUUCGAGGCCGGCGUCCACUGCGAGGCCUCGUGCAAGUGCGAGAACUGCGAGAACUACGACGGCUCCGCGGGCCUCGCGGCGGCGCGCGCCAAGCUCGGCGCGCGCGGCUCCAAGAGCCGCCGCGUGUCCACGGGCUCCGACGCGGGCCCCGCCGCGCCCGCGGCCCAGGUGAGCCUGCCCUUCGCGUCGCCCGGCGCCGCCGCGCCGUCGCCCGAGCGGCCCGCCGACGACGCGCGGCCCGCGCGGCCCGCGGACGCCGCGGCCGCGGCCGUCGCCGCGGCGCGCGCGAUCGUCGCGGCGCGCCGCGCGGACCAGGCGACGGCCGGCCAGGCCGCCGCCGCCGCGACGAUCCUCGUCCAGGCCGCCGCGCCGCCGCGCUUCGCCGCGCCCCUGGCCCUCGCCGUCGCGGCCGCGGCCGCGCCGGCCGCGCCCGGCGCCGGCGGCGCCGACGCCGUCGCGAGCGCCGCGCGGUCCGAGGCCCUGCGCGCGGGCGUCGCGGCCGUCGACGCGGAGCACGCCGCGGGCUGGGCCCGCUACGCCGCGGGCCACGCCGUCGCGCUCCGCGCGGCCAAGCACGCGGGCGCCUUCGUCGACGCCGCGCUCGCCGCGGCCGCGACGUCCGCGUGCUUCAACACCGCCGCGACCGCCGGCUUCGCGCCGCCGCCGGACCUCGCGGCCUUCGCGGCGCACCGCGACGCCGCCCUCGCCGCCGCGCGCGCGACGGACGCGGCCGUCGCGGACCUCGCCGCCGCGCGCCGCGCCGCGGCCGCGGCCGCGCACGCGCGCUUCGUCGAAGCCGCGGACGCGCGCGACGGCGCGGUCCUCGCGGACGCGCUCCCCGUGAAGCUGCCGAACGCGCUCCAGGCCCUCGAGUGCCUCCCGAGCGAGGACCUCUACGGCGCCUGCCUCGUCUCCAAGCGCUGGUCCCGGCUCGCGCUCGACGGCGCCCUCUGGGGCUUCUUCUGA